AUGGAGCCCAUCCUUAUUCUGGCUGGACUGGGUGGUGUUGCCCUCGCUUUUGCUGCACUCUUUUGGAGCUCAUCUCAAUUUGCAAAUAUUCUGCUGACCCUUUUGGUCAUUUGCAAUGCUAUCCUUAUUUUCUUCACUGCUCGUCACACACAGCUCAUUAGAGCUCGUCGCAAGUUCAGACCCAGCAGACAGGCUUUUCGCGAUCAACGCAACAACGCUCAUGACUACUACCUCUUUGUCCUGGGCUCUGGUGGUCACACUAAGGAGAUGCUCAUGAUGAUGGACGAUGGCUAUUGCAGUUUCCGCAACUUUCACCGUCGCUAUCUCAUUUCUUCUGGGGACACCAUGUCUGCGAACCAUCUCCAAGACUACGAAGCUGAGCUCAAAGCCUUGUGUGCUUCAAAGGGUAAAGAGCCUGGAACCUACGACACUGUCACCGUCGCUCGUGCUCGUCGAAUUCACCAGUCACUCCUUACCACCCCCUUUACCGCGCUCCUUAGCGUUCUCGGCAUCUUUCCAGCUCUCAUGACACCCCCCGACAAUGGCAUUGGAGCCCGCAUGCGAUACCCUACAUGCAUCUUCACCAACGGACCUGCCACUGGUUUCUUUGUUGGAUUGACAGCCCACUUGCUCAAGCUUCUCUAUAUCGUUCCAGAAACCUCGAUGCACAUCGUUUACAUCGAAUCUUGGGCGCGCAUCACCACCUUGAGCAUCACUGGGAAGCUCUUCUAUUACACCGGUAUCGCCGACGUUUUGGUGCAGCACAGGGAGGUGGCCGACAAGUACGGAGUUGGGUACUGUGGUGAGAUGGUGUUCAAUGCUCGGCGAGACAAUUGA